CAUUCUAAAAGUAAACGUAUGACUCUGCGUAAAAAAUAUAAAAUACAAAGAAAAGUAAGAGAACAUAAGAGAAAGAUGAGAAAACAACAAAAGAAACAGUCUCGAACCAAAAAGCAUGAAAAAGAACUUCGUAUUCCCAACGCUUUUCCUUACAAAGAACAAAUUCUGGAAGAGUACGCUAAACAAGAACAGACAUUGAAACGAAUACGCUUGGCCAAUGUAGUUGCUAAAUUAAAGGCAACGGCGGUUACUCAGGAAGACAACAGUCAAGAUAGGGAGGAACAAAUAACCACGCAAUCAUCUCUUGAAGAUACCCAAGUAGAAGCCCAAGUAAAAGGAAAUAUUCGAAGACAUGUGAAAGAUUUCAAGCAGUUGGUAAACCAGUGCGAUAUUAUUUUACAAGUUAUUGACGCACGUGAUCCACUUGGAACUCGAAGUAUGAAAGCAGAACAAUAUAUUAUGUCGAAUUUUGGAGGAAGUAAAAGAAUCGUUUUAGUGCUUAACAAAGUGGAUAUGAUUCCUAAUUCCAUUGCAACUCAAUGGAUAGAAUACUUAUCAACAUUCCAUCCUACCGUACCAUUUUGUGCAGCACAUGAAAAAAUAAGAAAAAAGUAUACUCCACAUACGGAAAGUUUGAUGCGGCUAUUGAAAGGAUUCUUAUCGGACAAACAUCAUCAUCAUUCUUCUUCUUCAGUAAUGGUGGGAGUCGUCGGUUAUCCCAAUGUUGGAAAGAGUUCUCUGAUCAACUGUUUGCAUCGUUCUCAAGUAGUAGAAACGGGUCCGAAUCCAGGUGUUACCAAACAUAAUCAGGAGAUUGUGAUCGAUCAACAUAUUCGAUUUAUGGACUGUCCAGGAAUUGUAUUUAUGUCUCAUGAGGAAGACCAUCAUUUAUCGUUGGUUAUUCGAAAUUUUGUAUCCACUCAAAAUGUAGAGGAUCCCUUCCCUUUUAUUGAUGCUAUUAUAGACAAAGUAGGAGUUGAAAAACUAACCACACAAUAUAAUAUUCCUAUUUUUUCCACUCGUGAUGAGUUUCUUGCAUUGAUUGCUAAGAAAAGAGGCAAGUUACAAAAAGGCGGUGCUUUAGAUUUGCAAGCAGCAGCACAUUCCAUAUUAAUCGAUUGGUCACGUGGAAAGAUUCCUUAUUAUACGUCACCUCCUAAAGAUAGUUCUGCUCAGGUUUCUGCUUGUGUUGUCGAGACAUAUGGUUCUAGUAUUCCAUUGAUAAGCGGAAAGUACGAGGAAGAAGCAGCUGAAUGAAAUUUUUGUCUAUAUGAUGGCAAUGAUGAACCAACCGACUUGACAAUAGAUACUUUUUAGUGCAAGACCAAAAGUUGUAUGGAUAAAAAACUACAUGAUUUG